CUCUCUCUCUCUCUCUCUCUCUCUCUCUCUCUCUCUCGCAAGCAACAAGAACAAAACCAAAAAUGGCUUCCAUGGCAUACCCAACUCCCUCCUCCUCCUAUUGCUACAACAAUCACACCAAACGCAACUUCUCCAUUUCACAUAUUACCAUUUGUCAGCAGCAGCAAUCUCAGAACGACCACAAACCCACCGACCCAGUCGGUCGAAGGGAAAUAAUACUAAGGAGCAGCGAACUGGCAGUCGUGGGUGCCAUCUUCAACUUCAGUGGUAAGAAGCCAGACUAUCUUGGGGUGCAGAAAAACCAACAAGCUUUGGCUCUUUGUCCAGCUACCAAGAAUUGCAUUUCAACCGCUGAGAAUGUCACUGACAUUGUCCAUUAUGCCCCUCCCUGGAACUAUAAUGGGGGGCGCAAUAGGAAAAAGCCGGUCAGCAGAGAAGUGGCUAUGGAGGAACUUCUCCAAGUGAUAAAAUCUACAAAGCCGGACAAGUUCACACCGCGGAUUAUGGAGAAGAAAGAUGAUUAUGUGAGAGUGGAAUACCAGUCCUCAAUCUUAGGGUUUGUGGAUGAUGUAGAGUUUUGGUUUCCACCCAGAGACUCGGUAGUGGAAUACCGAUCAGCAUCCCGGUUAGGCAACUUUGAUUUUGACAUCAACAGGAAGAGAAUCAAGGCAUUGCGACAAGAGUUAGAGAACAAAGGUUGGGCUUCCAAGGACAGCUUUUAAGAAGGAUCUUGCUUGCUGCUACAAAAUAAGAAUUUAAGUUGGAGCCGUGCAGCAUUCUGCCUCCAAAGUUCAUCAAGCAUUCAGCAGAUGGAUCAAAUUUACCCGAAUUCAAAAUUGUAAAGUCAGCGAGAAAAUGGGAACAGCGGCUUUAAGCAUUUGAUGGUUUCUAUAUUGAUUGUUCUCAACAUGCUAAUAAUUUUGCAAAGAGGGCGAUUUGUGUCAAUAUAGUGUAUAACAACGAUGAAGCAC